ACUUAUGUGGACGAAAUAUUAGGUCAUUUAGGGUAUUUGUUUCAGUGUAAGGAUGUUGAUUUUUUUUUAGGUACGUAUGAGUCUACAGUUGUAUCAGGUUGAUCAGAAAUCCUAUCUUCUGGACUUUAAAAGCUUGAGUUGUACCACAGAUGGUCAAGAACAGUCAGCUGAUGGCGAGAGUCCACCAUCAGGGAGGUCUAUCUCUGACACUUCAUUAGAUGGUUCUGAUGUGUUUUUUGCUGAUGAGAAAAUGGAAGUGGAUGACUCAGGAUAUCCGAAGGUUCACCAAACAUUGGAAUUUUUUGAGAUGUGUGCCAACCUGAUAACAGCAUUAGCACGUUGAUCUGGCGAAAUAUGCUCUUCUGUAUGUAGACAAGGAACUGUGUAUUUUUUUUUUUAUCUUUGUCAAGUCCCAUGAAUGUCAGGUCAAACAUGUACAUGCAUAAAGAAAAGUCAUUUGUAUGGCUGUUGUUGAAAAAGGCAACCAAGAAAUUUGUUGUAGAUUAACAAUUAAUCAGUGCAGUUCCUUUACUGAUAUUUUGUCUUACGCUGAUGAUGAUCAUUGUUUGUGCUGUAAACCUAAUGUUUUUUGCUAUGUGCAGUUAGAAAACUUAUGCAGCUGCUAUGCUAUAGGUCAACACGGUUCACUUUGAUACAUGUGCUUAGAUAGUGAAAUGUAUAGAUAAAAGAUGAAUGUUGAAAAUUUUUUCAUUUUGGUGCCAUACCAUAAUGUGGCAGAAAUGUUUAAUAACAAAGUUUUCAGUUUCAUCUGCAGUACCAGCAGAGCUUUCAUGGUUAAUGAUAGAUGUAUUUAAAAAAUGUCUGUUUCUUUUUUAGAAAUUUUCAGAUGUAUUUCGGAGAAAUUAAUGGGUAGAAGUGUUUUAUAACUUAUUAAUUUGAUAUUUUCAGGAGAGAAUAUUCAAUUGGUGUUAUUAUACAAAGAAAUUAGGCUAAGACAUUGUGUCAAGCCUCUGUGUAGAAGUAAAAGUCACACAAGAAUUGUAUUGAGUAUCUUACAGUAAAUGGGCAAACACAAAAAUGCCUUACCCAAAAAAGUUGAAUGAAAAAUAUGUGUAUGAUUGCUUUUAUACUACAUUGUAUUCAAAUUGUGUAUUAGCAGAUUUUAACUGAUGUCUAGUUAAUGCUUUAUUUUUUUGUGGAGUCAUCUCAUCAUCUCAGCAUAAGCAGUUGUUAUACCAGUAGUUUGAAACAGGUAAAUGUUCACAUACUUUAUAAUCUAAGCAAUUUAGGUAUCUGAAAUUGGAGAUAUAUAGCUGUAUUUUCUCAGAUUUGUAACCUGAUUACAGAUAUCGUAACUGUAUUUGUGGGACUGGAUGCAGCCCUUUUCUCAGACUGUCAAACCUGGAACAGCAUAUAUCAAAACAUAAUUGGACAAAUUUUGUGAUGGGAGCCCUUUCUUGUUUGUUUUUUGUUUG